AUGUCAUGGAGAAAGCAAAAGCAACGCGCCAAGCGCGCACGCUCUUCCUCUCCUGAUACCCCUACCCAUCUCGUAGCCAUCCACACUGGCUCUUCGACCUUCGAUGUUCCUGUCGACGGAGCAAUAGAACGUGUCUCAGCCGAUACUCGCCGGACUUUUUCCGAAGCAGUCGCCAUUGCACCUCCUUCGCCUCUCAAACGACUUCGAAAGGCUAUCGCUGCUCCUUCCAUUUCCUCAAACCUAGACAUUAGCCUUGACGCCUACUGCAUGGGCUCUGGCGAGAACGACUGGACAGAAGAACCUACAGAAGAGGUUACAAGCAGGAAGUGCCUCGAAUUUUGCGACCUGCGGACCCCACUCUACGCCAAUGGAUGA